CAUGAACAUACAGCCGAAGUCAGAUUCACAUUCACACUGUUGUUCAGAUCACAGUUCCAGCCCAGCUGAUAGAAGUUUCUGUAGAAUUUCUUGUUUACUUUGUCUAAUCUUAUGUGAAAAACCAGAAAUAAGGCCUGAAUAUUUACUGCUAUGUGCUCUGCAUUUUAUUCCAGAAAAUGAAUGAAUGGAAUAAUCUAUUUGCGUACACACCCUCUCCUUUAAUAAAUGCUGCAAGCACAGGAAAUCUCAGUCUCUUACAAGAACUCUUGGACACUGGCAAGGACCCUAAUUUAUCUGAUCAUCGAGGGUGGACACCUCUCCAUGCUGCUGCAGCAAACAAUCAGUUGGAAAGUGUUAAAGUUUUGCUUCAGAAAACAUGUAUAAACGCACAAAAUCGGACACAUAAUGGUGAGACUGCUGCUGAGCUUGCCGUUAUUUCAAAUGCAAGUCUUCCUGUUGUUCAACUUCUUUUAGAACAUGGAGGCAGAACUGUCAUGCGGCCUUACAUGUUACAUGUAGCGUGUUUCAAUGGUUCUCUUGAUAUAGUGAAACUUCUCGUCAGUAAUGGAUGUGACAUUAAUGUUCAUGAAGAACUCAAUGAACAAACACCUUUACAUCGAGCAGUGGAAGGAAAGCAACAAGAUGUUUUGCAAUAUCUACUUAGUAUAGGUGCCAAAGUAAAUCAGGGUGACAGUUCUUCCUGUACCCCACUCUUCGAAGCUGUUCAACAAGAUUCUUUGCAAUGUGCUGAAAUAUUGAUGAAAGCAGGUGCAAAGCCUAAUAGAAGGACUUAUGAUGGAGUCACACCUCUUAUGAUGGCUUGUCAGAAAGGAAACAUUGAAAUGGUGAAACUCUUGCUUCUUCAUGGGGCUAAACCAAAUUUGUAUGCAAAGGACUAUUCCAUGGCAAUAACACUAGCUGUACAUGGUGGGUGGACUAACAUUGUGCAACUCCUAAUGCCACUUUUGUGUCAGAGCACACUUCUUAAUGCGGCUGCCAGUCCAUCUGCUGGCACUGUGUCUCUAUUUUGUAUGGCAAUUGAUUCUGAGUCCGAAGAUUGCCUGUCUAUUUUACUAGAGGCUAAUCUUCCCCAUGAAAUCAAAAUAUGGCCUCUUCAAAGAAAACUUAGAGAUAUGCAACCAAAUGCCAAAUAUACCAAGUGCGGACCAAUGAGCUUUCUCUUGAUGGAUAAAAUGUCUGAAUAUGGUGACCGCACUAUAGUCAUACUAAAGAAGUUAAUAGACUGUGGUUUUCCUGUUAAUAUAGAUAAGAGAAAUGAAUUACCACCAUUAGUAGCAGCUUUAUUAUAUCCAUUGCUACAGCCCCCUGUCGGUCAACUUGAGAUAUUGGAUUGCUUAAUAACUACAGGAGCAGAAGUUGAUUACAGAAGUAUAUCUACCAACAAAUUACCUGACGCCCUUUUAGCAGCAUGUUUAAAAUGUAAUGGCCCUGCUCUGAAAACGUUACUUCCAAAUAGUGCAGUAUGUCCCCAUCAGCUUUUGGAACACUUCAUUGCUGGUAAAUCAACAAUGUUUUGCUAUUUUCUAAUGGCCGAAGCAUCAUUAGGGGAUGACUUUACAGGCCUGGAUGCUAAAGUUAAUACUUUAGUUCAAAACAAAUCAAACUGUAUGUGGUUCAAUUUUUUACCUCGUCUUCGGGAGAGUUUUCCGACUCUUCAGGCAAUUACCAGGAGGAAAGUCAGGCUGUGUUUGAAGAAUAAUGCAAGGGACACUCAAGAAUUUCUUCAAAGCAUUGAGUCUUUGAAUAUUCCAAAUUUGAUUAAGAAUUUCAUUCGUUUUAAAGUUUGACCAAGAAAACAGAAUUUAGAACCUAGUUUUCUUGACUGAUCCUUUUUUUUUUUUUAAUAUCAUUUUACAGUUUUUGAGAUUUUGUAAUUGUUUAUUUCAAUUUAGUACUGACAUAGACACUGCCGAUGUUUUCUUUAUGUUUUCUCUUCUUUUUCUUUCUUUUGUUAUUUACUUCUGUGAUUAGAGUGAAUAUGUACGUCUGAGGAAAUGAUGGAAGCUGUGAUCGCUUAGAGAGAAAGUUAACUAUACUUGCACAAUGCUCCACCUAGAACUGUGAUUUAGUUUAAUUAAGGUCAUAAAAAUAUAAGUAUUUCAUGUGAAAAAGUAAGAGAGAAUACAUUUGUUUCAACUUGAUGCCUUUUUUUGUAAAUAAGAAAAUUUAUAGACCCUAAGAUAUUUGUUACAUAGUUUUACAAAAAAUAAAUAGUACGUAUGUUUCUGGA